AUGAGUGCCGCCCAAACACCAGAAGAGUUGAGCGAGAGAUUGACAAACAGCUUCUCCCCCACAGACACCGAGGUUUGGAAUGCCACGCUGAAACUUUCCACCACUACCUCGAGGAACGGGAACGGAAGGGAAAGGGAACCUCUGCCAUCUCACACUACUCCUCAUACCGCGGGGUACCUUGUGAACAACCACCCCUCAGACCUGCAAACGCCUCCGCCGAACCUAUCACCACGUCUGCAUGCCGGGAGCAGGUUGAACGACUCGAAAACGCAUAACCGCCAGACCAGCAUUGUCCAUGGCAUACAACAUUCGAGAAAUGGCAGCUAUGCAAGUACUUCCUCCAGUCCACUCAGCCCUCAGAUAAUUGCCGCUGCUGGUGGAGAGAGGUCUGAUGUAUCCAACAUGGGCGACCAUUAUGCCUCCACAAUGUCAAGCAUGGCUACUGGCACAUCCUUCAGUUCGAACACGACAUUAGUUCCCGAACGAAUGACGAAUUCUACGGAGAGCAGCAACCAUAACCUGACGCAAAGGAGGGUGGAACGUAUGCACAGUAAUAGAAGCCGCAGAGAACAUAGUCACCAUCCCUCGCACUCGCGACAUCAUCAUAAAGAGGAAGUCAAGACCGUGGGGGAAUAUGCUUUGCAUGUCUUGUUCACAUCUGUCAGUCCUCCGCGUUGUGCUCAUCGUAGAAGUCCUAACAAAUCCUCGCAGUUCAUUGCCCAAGCCGAAGAGAAAGUAAACCAAUGCAUAACUAUGCCUCUUGACCCAGAGCCUCAAAUAGAUCAAAUAUGCGGUCUUGGCGCAGAUCCGACUUUCGAUCAGUUGAUUUCUGCUUUGGGCCAUAUUGCCAGCCAAAAGCCCAAACCUCUGAUAGACUCAAUGAUGUUAUGGCGCAGAAAGAAGAGCGAUGAUGCUAAUGAAGCCCGUACACAGCUUCAACAUUCACGGAACAAUUCCCUACCCGGCCAGCUUAUACGAAGAAAUACAGAACCACCUCAUAUGCACCAAGAGGAUACCACUGCUCCCUUGCCUUCCAUCGCUGCCCGACAAGAACUUGUUGCCCAGGCCGAACGCCGGUCGACCGCUUCAAUAUUUAUAUUAUGUAGGGUUUUGAUAGAGGUCAUCGGUCAAAGUACGUUAGCACGUAUAACCCCCGAGAUGGAAGACAAGUUGGAGAAAAUCAUAUUUGGACAAUUGAAAAUCGCCGACGCGGAUCAACUCAAUAAUUCGCCGUUAAAGAUGGCAAAUUGGUUUCUCUUCAGUCAACUCCUUGGAGUUAUGAGCGAGAUAAAUUUCGACAGCGUUACCGAUCGCUUCAUUGCGGAUCUUGAGAAGUCACAGAAAGACCUAGUAGGGAAGAGUCCAGCGAACCGCGAAACCGAAGGAUGGAUGGAACUUGUGCUUGGGGGUAUGAAGCAUUUACGCAUCAAGACAUACCCAGAAGAGGCGUGGGAUCAGUCUUGCGAUUUCAUGAUCUCUCUUAGUCGUUUCUUUGCCAGGUCGCAUGGCCAUCGCCUCAAGUAUGCUUAUUGCCAAGCACUCGAAAUUCUGCUCCUCCCAGUUGCCGCGACCGCACACACGGAAUUGAAUAUGCCAAAGUGGACAGAGGUACUCUCAACCAUUAGACCUCGCCUUGCGUUAAUGUUUGUGAAGCCUCGACACUGGUCUGUGGCCUUUCCAUUAACAGCUACCCUACUAUGUGUCUCUCCAAUUGAAACCUUCGCUACCCAAUGGCUUCAGCUUGUAUUGCCAUUGCAGCCCAAAUUCAAGGAUCGGUUUUCCAGGCCCAUUUGUUUGCAGGUUAUUUCUCGCUUGCUUUGGACCUAUCUAUACCGUUCAUCUGAUACCCUAAAUGUCACCAUAAAGAAGCUUGAGGAGGUUAUGAAGCUAGUCUUACCUCAUGGGAGAAGAUCGUACAUUUCGACAGAUCCCUCAAUUGCGGAACCCCUCAUACAAAUUAUUCGAAUCAUCGGUUUUAAACAUCAAGACUUUUGUUUCCGGACAAUAGUCUUCCCCUUGAUUAAUGCCGAUCUUUUUGCAUCUACCAGAGAAUUAGGCAACUUCAAAAUAGAGCAACUAGAACCAGAGAAGAUGGUCAUUGGCAUCAGAGCUUUCCUUGCAAUCAUGUCAGAUCUUGAAAAAGGAGACCAAGGAAGACCGCCAUUUCCACAGCAUUACCAGCCAUUACCAUCCUACGACAGAACUCCCACAUCUCCAAUAAUGACGGCGCCGCGAAGUUCAGUCCUUCCACCGCAGCCAACUCCCAAAGUAGAGGACCGUUUGUCCCGUCCUGUUCUUACGAAUGCUCUCGGUGACGUGGCGAGAGAGUACUAUGCAAGAUUUUGUGAGAUACUUGGCAAGAUCACCAUCAUUUGUGACAAUACUUUCGGUGGUCAAGCAGUCCUUGAUGAAAAGUUCAACAGCCCUGCACCGAAGACCCCUAUUGCAGAAACGUUCAAUUUCGGCCGACGUGACGACCACCUAAGCCCAUCAGAUCAAAAACAAGGCUUUUAUGAGCUUCUUCAUGUUGCGGUACAGGCGCUUCCUCGGUGCUUAUCAGUUGAUAUCCCCAUCAAAUCACUAGUAAAUCUUCUAUGUACUGGGACAGCACAUGUUCAGUAUAACAUUGCUGAGUCCUCGGCGCAAUCACUGAAGUCCAUUGCCCGUCAAUCUCAAGCCCAGCAGGUAACAAUCGGUUUUGCACGAUUUAUCUUCAACUUUGAUGACAGAUAUGCUACUAUGUCAGAAGGCGGCAUGCUUGGGCCUGGUCACAUUGAGAGUACGCUCAAGCUAUAUGUUGAACUGCUACAAAUAUGGAUAGAGGAAAUUAAACAUAAAACAAAGGAAGCUGUCACAGACGCCUCUGAAGACAUAACUUCCGAGAAGCGCGGGAUGAAGUUGGAUAUUUCCGGGAUCUGGGCUCAAGUCGAUGAGCUCGAGUCUCAUGGUUUGUUUUUCCUUUGCUCUCAGUCCAGGAGAGUACGCGCUUUUGCAGUCACUGUCCUGCGUCUUAUCACAGAAUUCGAUACGGCACUUGGGCAAGAUAACGGUCGAUUAAUUCAUAUCCUCGAAGGCGACUCACUAAGAGUCAUGGAUUUCAACGAUGAGCAUCUGUCAGUUGCUGAGCGAAGCAGACUGCAGAGAGGAAUGCGGAAAAGCAAUUCACAGAGUGCUCUGAUUGAGCUCUGCAGCAGUGAAAUUUCAUAUGAUACUACGCUAUGGUUCAAAAUUUUCCCGAAUCUCAUUCGAAUCAGUUAUGACCGUUGCCCCUUUGCUGUAACGCUCGGACGAGAACUCAUCUGCAAUCGAAUCCUACAGAUGUAUAGAGGCAUUGCGGCCUUGUCAGAAGCAGCUCGAGGUCCUCAGUACGGCUCAUUCGACAGAUAUGAGAAUGGCAGUGGUCGUAUGCAUUCAAAGCCGUCCACCACACCACCAGAAGUGUUGAUUGAGCAAUGGAAGCUGUAUUUGAUAGUCGCAUGUACGACUCUUUCUGACAAAGGUGGCCAACAGCAAGCUGUGACUCCUACAAGUCAACACAAUCGGAAGGGGUCAAAACCAGCACAAGCACAGGACAAGAUUACUUCUGCUCGGUCUUUAUUCAAAUAUGUCACUCCGUUGCUUUCUGUUGGGCCUGCCUCUAUACGAGAUGCAGUUGUUGUGGCUCUUGGGUCUAUCAAUGUCAAUAUCUACAAGACUUUACUAGAAGAGCUUCAAGAUGCCGUCAGCCGAUGUAAUGACGAUGCAAGAGCUCGAAUACAUCAACGAACCGCGAGUAGCCCUAGAAGGAAUCGGAGAAUGGACUUGCUGAGGACUGAGAUCACCCAUGUGUAUCGGUUGACGUCACAUUUCUUGAAAGAUUCAGAUAUAUAUCAAGAUGACUGGAUACUGAACAACCUAGUAGUGUAUACCAAAGAUCUCAAAUUGUUCCUCAUGGACGGAGAUGUCCAGAUGGAUUGGGAAUUCCAGAAGCUUCGAAGGCACUAUUGUGGCUUGAUGGAAGAGCUGUUCGAAGGAAUCAAUCGCACCAAGGAUCCUGCUCGCUGGAUGACGUUCGAAGCAAGGAAGUCGGCAUUUGCCUUGAUGGAAGACUGGUGUGGAUACUCACCAAAUCAGACCCAGAUACGGCAACGGGAAGAUAGCAUGAGACAAUCGAUGAUCGAUCAGCAAAGCCUAGGAGAGCGAGGGACACUUACUGCUGCUAUGGAGAUCGAGAAGAGAAAUCUUCGAACAGCAGCGCUGAGUGCUAUGGCAGCUUUAUGCGGUGGGCCUGUCAGCAUUACUACCGAGAGCCGAGCAAAUCUCCAAUUCGAUAUUCGACGUAUGCUCUCCUGGAUCGAUACCAUCUUCAAUGUCGGUAGUGACAGAAUGCAUGUCAUUGGGAGAAGGGCGCUGAAGAACUUGAUCGUGCAUAACAAAGAUUUUACAUAUCUCCUGGAGAAUUCAAUAUCGAAAUGCUACCUCGCGGAAGUGCCCAAAGUUCUGGAAAGCUAUUUCGAAGUAGUGACCCAAGUACUUCUUGAGCAUCCUGACUAUCCAAUGCCGUUCUGGAGGUUGCUCGGACUUGGACUAUAUACCCUCGGCAGCGAGAUGAGCGAGAUUCGAUCCAAGUCAGCUCAUGUUUUGAGAGCACUUGAGGAAAGACAACAAAAAAGCUCUAAGAUCCAAGACUAUGAUAUCAGUAUAUCGGAUAAGACGAAAGCAGUGUACAAGCUUGCGCAAUUCGAAAUAUCGAAGCGUCUGUCAAGACAGCACCCCGAGUUGGCCUUCCUGAUAUUCUCGGAAUUUACUGCCUAUUUCAAGAACCUCCAAGCCCCAGCACAGCAAAACAUGGUGGCUGCCAUACUUCCUUGGAUUCAGAUAAUCGAGUUGCAGCUCGAUCCGAACGGGGGGCCCACGGCUCAUUCAUACGUACUGCUUACAAAUCUAUUCGAGAUUACGAUCAGGUCUAGCAGUGCUUUGCACAACGAAGUUCAAGCUUUAUGGCAAGCACUAGCAACAGGUCCCCAUGCGGGCAAUGUUCAGCUCGUACUUGAUUUCAUCAUGUCAUUAUGCCUUGAUAGGCGUGAGCAAAAUUUUGUGGAAUACGCAAAGCAAAUUGUCGUUUUCCUAUCAAGUACUCCGGCCGGAGUCAAGGUUGUGGAAUUCUUGCUGAUGCAGAUUACGCCCAAGGCCAUGAUUCCAAAUGAGAAACGCGAAUUUAUUCCCCCGCCACCCGAUGCUGUCAAGCUACCUUAUGUUGCUGAGCUUUCGGAAGCACUUCCAAUUGGGGCUAAGCAAGCUGGCUUCUCAUUAGGACAGUUGUCGCUAAUUCUACUUGUGGAUUUGAUGGUGUCUCCAGUCCAACUCGGGUUGGAAAAUGUGCCACUUCUUCUCCAGGUCGUUACUAUACUCUGGGAUCACUACAUUCCGCUAGUGCAAGAACAAGCCCGCGAGAUGCUCAUUCAUCUUAUACACGAAUUGGUUAUAUCCAAGAUCGAUGACGAGACUACGAUCCCCACGAAAAAGUCCAUUGAAGGUUUCAUUGAGUCGAUUCGACGACACGAUUCCGCGGUUGUCUGGGGCUAUGAAGACAACAAUGGCAAAGUCGACGAUCAAGAUAACAAAGUUCCUGCAGGGAUGGAGCUUCUUACGACUGAGAUGGUGAAGGAUUUCGAAGUAACCUAUCCCGGCAUUCAGGAACAGUGGAGCAAAUUGUCUUUAACUUGGGCGACUUCUUGUCCCGUAAGGCAUCUGGCGUGUCGUUCUUUUCAGGUCUUCCGAUGUAUCCUUACAUCUCUCGACCAAUCCAUGCUGGCAGACAUGCUUGCAAGGUUAUCAAAUACCAUUGCGGAUGACGAUCCAGAUGUCCAGACUUUUUCAAUGGAAAUUCUGACAACUCUCAAGACACUCAUCCUCAAACUAGAGCCUGAAGACCUUUUAAACUUCCCACAACUGUUUUGGACCACCUGCGCGUGUUUGGAUACUGUUAACGAACGCGAAUUUUUGGAAUCUCUUGCGAUGUUAGAGGAGCUAUUGAUGAAACUUAAAAUGGCGGACCCCUCUGUACGAAUACUCCUCAUGGAUGGCCGACCCCCAAGAUGGGAAGGCAGAUUUGAGGGCCUUCAAUCUUUAGUCUACAAAGGUCUACGUUCAUCGCUUUGUCUAGACCUGACACUGAAUAACCUCAAUGAGCUUAUUCAACUUCCAAAUGACGAUCUCAUCGGAGAUGAUUGUCGCUUACUGUUUGCCGUUUUGGCCAAUUUCCCAAGGUUUCUGCAUGCCAUGGAUCAGGAAUCAAUCGAUGCCGAAAGCAUCAAGAGCGCUGGCAUACUCGCCGAAGUCGCUGAGGCCAAAGGAUGUACCACCAUUGCCAGAGCUUUGACAGGAUUUGCAGCGUCACGAUACCGAUCAAGUAAGGACUUCCUCGCACAGCUGGUGUCUGCUUUGCGGGAAACGUUCUUUCCCCAAUGGGAAUUUGGCAGUCUGACCUUCCUUAUGGGUCUUUUGACAAAUAGCAUUCCAUGGUUUAAGCUCAAGACUAUGCGUAUCCUCUGUUCCGUCAUCCCAGAUAUCGAUAUGAAAAAGCCAGAAAUUGCGUCGUACGGACCUGACUUAAUCUCGCCCUUGCUAAGAUUGUUGCAGACCGAGUUCUGUACGCAAGCUUUGGAAGUCUUGGACCAGAUUAUGACUAUGGCUGGGACAUCGAUGGAUAAACACCAUCUUCGCAUGAGCAUGACGCGGUCCUCCUCGAAAGCGAUCAAGAAGGAAUAUGAGCGUACACAGAGCUUGUUUGGAAUACCAGAAGAGUCAGGCUGGUCUAUACCCAUGCCUGCCAAACAUGCCGAGACUACAAGAGCGAAUGUCCAUGCAGCAUUCUACAUGUGCCAGAGUGCAGAAAGCCAAAACGCAGAGCCUGUACCGACCCCGGAAGUCGAAUUCCACGUGGACGACUUCCAAUAUAACUACUUCCCGACACCGGAACGCACUGAGACCAUGAUGUCAGAUGAAGGCCGGGGCGACCGAAACAUUGGGGACUUGGUCUUGAAAUUAGACAGCCUAGACGAUUUCUUUGAUGAGCCCCUCACGUCCCCCACCAGUGAUGGGCGAUCCUCCCGCACAAUUACAGAAGCCGGAUUUUCCGCCGAAGGCUUCGAUUCUGGAGCCCAACUCUAUGACGAGCAAACAAUCCCCAUUCUCCAGCAAUCUCUCGCUCGCAGCAACAAUACCUCAUUUCAAAACGGUUUCACGGAAAUGCGCCCACCAGCCGGAAGGGGCGACACGAGUUCCACAGCCAUGAAUCCCGGCGCAUUCAACCUCGCUCCAGGCGCCGCCUCUAGGCCAAGCAUGCACUCCCGCAGCGUGACAUCUCCUUCAACCAGCACACCGAACAAUUACCACAGCAACGUCACAACGUACCUAUCCGAUGAAGACUACAUCGAAGAGGUAUUCUCCGACGAAGAAGACGAGCGGUCAAAACCCGUUGGGACAGGCGAAGGUUCCUUCUUUCUCGAAAAUAUGAUUAAACCUCUCGCAUACGGCACGCGUUCUGGCAUGCGGAGACUUACGGGCGGAAGAUCGAGAGAUAAUGAACGGUUGAGAGACGGGCUGCGAGCUGAGAGCAGGAGGGGCAUUUCUGUGCCACCGAAGAGUCCCCGGGUGCCAAAGGUACCGAGUGCGUAUUUGAAUAUGAAUCAGCAGCCGCAGACGAAGAAUUUGAGUCCGGAAUAA